CAGAGAAGAGUUCAGACACUGACUGAGACGAGCUGCACAGUGAUAAAACGUCUUUCAACAGUCAAAUCUUCUCAACAUCUGGAUUUGGAGGUCAAGCAGCAGAGUCGUACACGUUACAGACAGAAACUUUGCAGGCGUGUGAUUCAGAGGAGCUUAUGAGAAUCAGCCUACACACUGAUCUCGAGUGGAUUUAGAAGAACACCUUUCACACAAAUCUGCAGCGAUGAACACGUCCCAUGUCAACUGCAGCAACCCUUCAGCCGAGUACCAGUACCACCUGUUCCCCGCUGUCUACAUCCUGGUUUUGGUUAUAGGUCUACCGGGAAACCUGUUUGCUUUCUUCUUUUUCACCUUCAAGCUCACCCCUCGCACGGCUUUCAGCAUCUACUUCAGCAACCUGGCUGCAGCCGACAUCGUCAUCCUGUGCACUCUACCCUUCCGGAUCCACUACCACCUGCACAAAAACAACUGGGUGUUUGACGAUAUCACCUGCCGCGUCACGGGGAUUCUGUUCCAUGCCAACAUCUACAUGAGCAUCUGUUUUAUGAGCUGCAUCUGUGUGGAUCGAUACAUCGCCACCGUGCACCCGCACACCUAUCUGAGGCUACGGAGCUACUGGUUCUCUCUAGUCGUGACCGCGGUACUCUGGGGUGUCACCGGAGCUGCUAUGCUGGUCUUCGUCCUCAUGGGGCCGCUGGAAACCAACGAUGCUCACGGAUCUGUCCGCAACAGCUGCUUUGAGAAUUUUGCCAAGAAAGAGUGGGACAAGCGUGUGGGUCUGUACAGCAUCCUGUGCCUGAUCUUUGGUUCUCUGCUGCCCUCCGCCAUCAUCCUCGUGUGUUACCCGCUGGCGGCGAGGCGCAUUUCAAUGAUUCGGACCAAAACGGCUUGUAGAGCCGUGAGGGUCAUCUACACCAUCCUGGCCAUAACGGUACUGUGCUUCCUGCCGAACCAUGUGGUGUACCUGCUGCACCUCCUGCGGCGUCUGGAGGUCAUCCAGUGCUGCUCCUGUGCAAACGCCAUCUACAACGCCCGGCGGGUCACCAUGGCCCUCGUCACUCUCAACACAUGCCUGGACCCUGUGCUUUACUACGUCACUACGAGCCACUUCAAGUGGAAGUGCAUUAAGAUGACAUGGCUGAAGGCGAGAAUCAUGAGGAGGAGGGGCGUCUACACCAUAACCGUGAAGUGACUGAACCAGGGGCAUUAUGGGAAGUGAGUGCUGCGAACAAUACUCUCUGUGGACUUUAUAUAGUAAUGUAAAUAUAAUCAAACAGCCAUGAGAAAGACUUUUAAAAAUGCUUAUUCAUAUCAUUUUUUUCAAACAAAAUAAAGAGAAAAUCAGA